UAGUUACGUUCCUUUCAUCGACUGCGGUACGUCGAUCUGAGAGCGGCGUCAUUGAAAACGUAUAUAUACUGGCGCUUUAUCUCGUUGUUCAGAGAUCGAAUGUAAUUUAAAUAUUAAGUUAAGAAACAAACACAAAUGCACCUGUCAGCGAUUUUUCUUUUUGUACUUUCGUGUAUUGGCGCAACAUACGGAUAUAGCAGUUUGAGGCGUCAGAUUCCAAAUGGUUACAAGGUGCCACACCCGUGUAGACCAGGCACCACCUGGGACGCCGUUGGACAUAUGGCGCCCGAGUAUGACCCUACCAAGAACGCGUUUGGAAAGGACGUACGUGAGGUUUUGAAGGACCGUCAACUGGAAUGGGCCAAGGUCUGCAACAAGGACUCGGACGGAGACGGCCUCACAAACGGACAGGAGCUCGGAGACCCCAGCUGUAUGUGGAAAGUCAGCGAUGGAUUGCAGGGGCUGGCGGACCCUAUGGGGCAUCCAGGCAUUUGUGAGCCGGGUCGCCAGCAAUGCACGAGUGGCAUCACCUUCAACGAGUGCCCGAACCCCUUCGCUUCUGGCUCCAGUGGACCAAGGAUCACCGUGCCACCGGGGGCCAACGAUCACCCACAGACUAAUCUCGUUAAAGGAACAGGAACCUUCAGCGGAAGCGAGCCUUUCCAACCAAAUUUCGCGUUUUCUGAUGGAUUCGGCACACAAGGAGGAUUCCAACAAGCUCCGAGUGGUGGUUCGUUUUCGCAGUCACGAAUGUCCCAAAUGAGUGGUUUACAAUCACCUGGAUCCCGUGGUUCAACAGGAUUCAGUGGAGCAGACUCAUUUGGUGGCCGACGCCCAAGCUUUGAGAGCCAAUCCCGGCCAGAGAUGGGAGGACAAAUGCGCGGUUCAUCCCCGCCUGGGUUCCGUGGUCCAGCAGGAUCUCCUUCCGGUUUUGGUGGCCAACGCCCGAGCUUUGGGAGUCAGUCGCAAACUUCUUUCGGAGGCCCAACUGGGUUUGAUGGCCAGCCAGGUGGAGCGCAAAUGGGAGGACAUACUUUCAGUGACCAUUCAAGCGGCUCCAUGGGAAUGCCCGAUUUCAAUGCAGCAGGAACUGCUGGUUCUGUAAUGACUGGUCCCGGUUUUGCGCCGGUACCGUCUGGACCCGGUUUUGCAACAUCUGGACCCGGGUUCGCUGGAGCAGGCAAAUUUGGCCAAGAUUUUGCAAGUGAUAUAGGGGCUCCUAUGGGAUUUGAAGGAGCGUUCAGUGGUAUGGCUACUGACCCCAGCUCGCGAUUCCGUGGCAGGCAUGAGUUCGGCACCCCUGGAGGUAUGGGUGGAGGUUCCACUUCGAGUUUCUCACAUGCAGGUGGAAGCGGUACAUUAACAUCCGGUUUUGGUCAAAUGAGCUCGGAUUUUUCCGGGUUUGGCGAUCCUACCGGCGGCUUCUCAAUGACUGGCCCUCCUCGAGGCGCGAUGUCUUUCCGUCCAGGUAGUAUGCCGGUCUUUAUGCAAGGCGGGCACCGAAAACCCGGCUUUGGAUCCGGCUCCUCGCUCUCGUCUGACGUCAUACAACGCAGCGUCCAAAGCAGACUCGAUCAGGAAAGAGGUAGAAUGGGAGGCUCCACUUUUGGAACAUCCGUUGGCCACAUCUCAGCGCCCUCUCACGGUGCCUUGUUUGGCCCACCUGGGAUAUCCGCUCGGCUUCCUGGACUUGGCGGGGCUGUUCCGAUGUACCCGCCUUUGGGAGGAGGAGCUCCUAGGUUCUUUCGUUAACAUAUUUUGAAGGGCCACGUUUAACGAAAUUACAACAGAUGGUGCUUUAAGUCAAUAUAUUUGUGUUGGUGUACAGCUUUUUGUCUCAAUUAAUACACAAUAAAGAUGUGAUCUCUGUG